AUGGAUCCUCUUAGCAUUACAGCCUCGACUAUCACCGUGAUCCAGUCACUUUUGGCGGCUUUCGAUACGAUCAAGCAUAUCAAAGACCUUCCUAAAGCCUUUGCCGAGGUAGGACGUAGUCUCCCUCUGGUAAAAGAAACACUAGACCUCGCCCAACAAAGCCUCGACAUUGACAAGCCAGAUGAAAAUGUCAAAAGUGCAAUUCAGCCCGCUCUCACAGAAUGUCUGAAACGAGCCAAAACGAUCGAGGAUAUCUUCAGCGAGAUAGAGCCUGGAAACCAGCGGGAAAAGGGCGCACAGGAAUGGUCUGCCUUCGUCCGCUUCUACCGUACAAAGGUGGUACCAUUUGGCAAAGCGCACAAGGUCGAGGCACUGAUGCAGGACAUCCUGAACAAGCUUAAGGUGUUGGCAAUCCACCAUGCCUUCAAAGCGCAUGCGGAAUCUCUGGGGCAGAUCGAAAAGUUGGAGAAAGCCAUCAAGUCCCUCGCCGAAGUAGAGCCGUCCCUCCCAGACUCGGAGUUCGAUGGGGCCAAUGCCACGAAUGUUACGCAGCACAUUUCUGACAGCGGAAGGGGUCUCGUCUCCACCGGAAGCUACUCGGAAAUUGCCAUGGGAAACACGACCAAGUAUCACUCAGGGGGCGGUGCUAUGAACUUUGGUAUGGAUUUCUUGAGAUCGCAAAGCAGAGACUAA